UUGAGAUUCAUAAAUCUCUUGCAUUUUCUUCACUGCGCCUCUUCUCUUCAUCUAGUUCCUAACCGUUUUCGCAUCUUCUUCAAUUCCUUUCUCAAAAAAAAUUUCAAGAUGCAGAACGAAGAAGGACAAAUCACCGAGCUCUACAUUCCUAGGAAGUGUUCUGCUACAAACAGAUUGAUUACUGCUAAGGAUCAUGCUUCUGUUCAGAUCAACAUAGGUCAUUUGGAUGAGAGCGGUAUUUACAAUGGCACCUUCUCUACUUUUGCUCUCUGUGGCUUCACUCGCGCUCAGGGAGAUGCCGACAGUGGAAUUGAUCGCUUGUGGCAGAAAAAGAAAACUGAACUUAAGCAAUAGAUGACAUGAUCCUUGUUAUGUGUUCUUUUUUUUUUGGACAGAUUAUGGAUUGAGUUCAACUCUUGUUAGAGAUAAUGGAUGAUUUUUAUCUAUGUAUUGCAAUACUUGUUUUUAA